GUGCUAGGGGCCGAGGGACAGGGAGCCUCUGGGCGGAAGGAGGGCGGACCAGGGGAUCAGCGCUGCCGGAGGCACUCAGUGACUUGGAUCUCAUCCAGGAUCCCACAUGACAAUGAGCUAUUUUUCUCGUAAUUGGUAAAAAAAAAAACAAACAAAAAAGACCCGGGCAGAUAAAAUACAGAUUACGCCUCUAGAAAUCUGGCCGGCUCUGACGCUCAAACAGCACCUCGCUCACAGCCAGAGUCAACCGAUGUCCCUGAAUAGAGGUCGAGGCCGCAUCCAGCUGGAGAGAGGACAGCAGGGAAAGUGUUCCCCCUGCAGGGACAGCGCCCCCUGAGGACCCUGAGGGCACGCCCGCCGCAGGCAGGGUCCUGGGCAGUCUGGAGAGGGUCUGCGCUUGAGUGGGGCCACCCAGCAGGUCGGCACCCGUGGGGCACACGGCAGGGUCAGACACAGACCUGUGUCUUCGUGUGACAUGUCCAAUCUGGUGGGACGGGAACCAGCAGACCUGCAAGGACGUGCAUAAUUUCAAGUUGUGAAGGACCACAGAGGGAAUCACAGGGUGGAGGUGGCCUCCUAGCUGCUAGCAGAGGAGAAGGAGCUGCUGGGAGGAGACUCAGGACUGGGGGGCAUCAUGAGCACAAAGCACGGCAUAUGCAAAGGCCCUGAGGUUGGGAUGCGCUUGGUAUGGGGUCUUGGGCCAACAGGGAGGCCAGGGGGUUGAUGCUCCCUCGUCUUCCUCUCGGGCAGAUAGUCCUGAGGAAUGUCCUACCCAGUUCCUCAGGGGCCCACAGUGGUUACGAGGGCCCGCCCUGCCCCAUCCUCCCCGGCCCCUCACUCCUGCUCUCCGGACCAACCCGCUGCACCAAACCCUUGCUUCAGGCUCCGUGUUUGGCCGAGUCCAGACUGAGAUGUGGGAGGAGAGACAAGCCUCCCGCUUCAGUGUCCUGCUGGUCUGGACAAUGUCAUCGAGAGGGAGUGAGGACAGGGUACAGCGGCCUCAGCUGCAGGCGACGAGGGAAGGAAGAGCAGCCUCAGAGGACCCCGGAAAAGAUUGGGAAGCAAGCAGGGAAAGAAGCCCGCGGACGGGUGUCUGGGAGGACAAGCGAGGACGGCGCUUCUGGAAGGAGCCAGCGAUGCACAUGAGGCUGGGAGAGGCAAGGACAAAGUCGGGUCCUGGGGUGGGGGGGGCCGAUUCUUGCCUCCCCUACGGUCCAGGCCAGUGCGGCGACAGCGUGCUGCCCAGGUCGGGCCGUCCCCGGGGACUGCAAGGGGGGGGUGCGUGCUCACAGGACAGGCACGGAGUCCGCGGCCUUUCAAAGGCCGGGAAGGGAUCCGAGCCUCACGCUCCCCCGCGUCGGGCACCUUGCAGAGCUGACUGUGCCACGUUUCACCCCGUGCCCAGUCCCUUGAGCCUCCCUCGGGCGCCUCACCGCUGGGGGCCGUCUCCGCGGCCCCCCUCCACCCACCGCAGGUGCCCUGUGCGGUGCUGUCUCUGCACUGCUCCCGGGAAAUGUGCUGAGUCCGGGGAGUUAUCUCAGGUCAGCGAAGGAACAGACGGGAGGGAAAGCAGGCCUGCGGCCGGAGCGCGGUGGCUCCCAGGCGGGGGCGGCCAGGCCAGGUGCCCACCCGUGACCACCUCAGCCUCCGGCGCCUGGGCAGGGGUCAGCGUGGGGGGGCAGCCACCCCUCUGCAAUCCGCAGUCCUCUGCCUGGCGAGCUGCCUCGUGCGCGCAUCUGUAAAACCGGAUGUUGGUGAGCCCCUGAUGCCGUCCUCGCUCUGUGGGAGCGUGGCCGGGGGGGGGGGGUCGAACGUGGCGUGGCCUUACCGUCUCAACCACCUUCCAGUGGCAGUGGCAUCGAGCGCACUCACACUGUCGCGCAGCCGCCCCCGCCAUCCGCCUCCAGAACCUUCCAUCUCCCCAGACUGAGACCCUGCCCCCAUGAAGCAUGACUCCCCGCCCCCUGCCAUCCACUCUCUGUCUCUGUGGACGGGACUCCUCUAGGGGGUCACGCGGGACGCGUCCCUCUGUGCCCGGCUCCUGUCACUGCGCAGUGUCCUCGGGUCCGUCCACACGGUGGCAGGCGGCAGGACGUCCUAACUUUCCGAGUCUGGACGAGACUCCGGCGUGUGGAUGGACGCGCUGUGUUUAUCCAUCCUAUGCCAGCGGACGCGUUUAUGUGCUUUGUUUUAUUGUAAUGUCUCUUCGUUUCGGAGGGGCAGGGGAGAGGGUCGCUGCUGAGGGGAGGCGGAGCAUGGGAGGUUCCCUCCCUGCCGCCCACCCCCCCCCCCCACCGGGCCCGUGGUGGACGCUCAGCCAGGAAGAUGGGGGUCCAGAGGGCCCAGCCACCUGCCCCCUCAGAGCUCCCAGGGCCACCGGGACAGGAGCGUAGGGGGAUGGCGCGGGGUGCGGACAGGGCUCUGGACUCCAGUCAUCCUGGCUUGCGUCUGCCCUCCUGAGUCUCAGUUUUCUGACCUGUAAUAUGGGGCUAAGAAGAGCCUGUACCCAAGGAUGGGCUUACACACAUUUGCCUCUGGAAGCCCCCCCUGACCCCCCACCCCCCCGCCGUGGUGCAGCCUGGGUGAUCUCCUGGCGGUCAGUCUAGGAGGACCAGGCGUGUCUGACUUGGGCAUUCGGAGCCCAGGGCGGGUUCUGCAGGCUGAUAAGUAGGCACUUAACAAAUACCUGAAUUAACACCCAGAUGGCGGUGUGCUACUGAGACAGAACAGAUUUCAGGGUGACAGCGACAUGAUGGCCCAGGCCCAUGGCCCCCCAGCCACCCACCUUCUGUCACGCUGCACUUGGUUCCCAUCGGCAGGAAACUUAGGCUCCCUGGAUGCAGCCACCUGGCCCCCCGGUGGUGGCCCGAAACCCUUGCCUGGCACGGAGGCCGGUCCCCCCGCAAAAGUACCCGAGUCUUACUCUGUCCUAUGCACUGGGGCCCCCCGAGGGUCCCUCGUGCCUUCGUUAUCCCCGUUUGACACCCCGGGUGGACAUGUGACAGCUCAGAAGGUGUAUCCUGUCCCUGGCAUCGUGACCGGGCCACAUUCCGAAAUCUGGUCUCUGGAAAAUUCCACGGCCCGAUUCCAGCCACAGGGAGCCCUGCUAACCCCUCCCCAUUCGUUGUGUUAUGUAACAUUUGGGGAUUAGUACUGUGGCAUCCAGAGGCAGCCGCCUGGACUCAAACCCAGGACUGUCCCUUCCUGGCUGUGUAAGCAAAGCAACGACAUCCCCAGGCCUCAGUGUGCUCACCUGUAAAAUGGGAACAGGGCCGGUUCCCGUGUCCCAGGACUUACGUAAGAGUACACGAAAGAACACAAGGAAAGAGCUUGGAACUGAGUCUGAGGUGUGGCUCGGAGAUGUCCCCGCCGGUUCCCAGGAGGGUCCCAGACAGCCCACUAGCCCUUUCACCUGUCUCCCCUUGGCCGCCCGUGCCGGGAGUCACAAACCCUUGUCUGCUCUUGGGUCCCCAGAUUCUGUUCCUCCUCGCUGCCUAGCGCCCUGAAUAUAUGGUACCCCUACCCCCCAGCGGGGCCCCUCCUGGGUCCCUGCCCCAGGCCUCACUCCCUUUCCAACCAGCUCCAGCCCCAGAGAUACUGGUUUUCUUUCUCCUCCUCUGAAUCCUGCCACGGCUCCCAGUGCCACGAGAGCCCCGUCAAGCCCUCGCUUCCAGUCGCCUCUCCCUGGAAAAGCCUCCUAGAGGAGACGAUCCUCUGACCUCAGUUUUCUGCUCAGGGCAAUGGGCACGUUAACACUUCACAGCCUGGCGGGAGGCGCAGGCUUGGAACAGCAGCGAGCCGGCUGAUCGCACCGGAUUGGCGCAGGGCUGUCGCGCCGGGCGCGAGCUCCUGUCUCAUCACUGAAACUCCCUCCAGCCCGGUGUCCCCGUGCGCCCCCGCCCCCCCCCGCUCACCGCGCACACCUGCCCCCGCCGGCGCCUGGCCACGCCCCGAGCGUCGGGCCACGCCCCCUCCCCGCCCCCUCAGCCAAUAAGACGCGCCCCAGCGGCGCGCAGCCCCGGGAGCAGCCGCGCGGUGGUCCCGCUGAGGCUGCGCCAGUGCCCGCGCCGAGCGCCCGCCAGGCUCCCGGCGGGAUGGAACCCGGGCCGCGGCGGCGGCGGGGGCACAGUUGCCGCCCGCCGGUCUCCGUCUUCCUGCGCGACCCGAACUCCGGGCGCGUCUACAGGCGCGGAAAGCUGAUCGGCAGGGGUGCCUUCAGCCGCUGCUACAAGCUGAUGGACAUGUCCACCAGCGCGGUGUUUGCCCUCAAGGUGGUGCCUCGUGGUGGGGGCGGGGCCGGGCGGCUCCGCACCCGGGGGAAGGUGGAACGUGAGAUCGCCCUGCACAGCCGCCUGCGACACCGAAACAUUGUAGCCUUCCACGGACACUUUGCUGACCGCGACCACGUGUACAUGGUGCUGGAGUACUGCAGCCGCCAGUCACUGGCCCACGUUCUGGAGGCGCGGCAGACCCUGACGGAGCCCGAGGUGCGCUACUACCUGCGGGGCCUGGUCAGCGGCCUGUGCUACCUGCACCAGCGGCGCAUUGUGCACCGCGACCUGAAGCCCAGUAACUUCUUCCUGAACAAGAACAUGGUGCUAAAGAUUGGAGACCUGGGGCUGGCUGCCAGGGUGGGGCCGGGGGGCCGCUGCCACAGAGUGCUCUGCGGGACCCCAAACUUCCUGGCCCCGGAGGUCAUCUCCAGGAGUGGACACUCCUGCCAGUCAGACAUCUGGGCUCUCGGCUGCAUCAUGUACACAGCGCUGACCGGGGCCCCUCCCUUCACGGCGGCUCCCCUGUCGGAGAUGUACCAGAACAUCAGAGCCGGCCGCUACCCCGAGCCUGCCCACCUGUCCCCCAACGCGCGCCGCCUCAUCGCCCGCCUGCUGGCGCCCGACCCCGCGGAGCGGCCCAGCCUGGACCGCCUGUUGCGGGAUGACUUCUUCACACAGGGCUUCACCCCGGACCGGCUGCCGGCCCGCUCCUGCCACAGCCCACCCAUCUUUACCAUGCCCCAGCCUCUGCGCAGGCUCGUCCGGAAGGUGGGCCAGCUGCUGCUGGCCCAGUGCCGGCCCCCCUGCCCCUGCACUCCUAACAAGGCCUCGGAUUCAGGAGGAGGUGGUUCAGAUCCUGACUCCACGGAGUGGGGCGGUGAGGCCUCCCUGUUGGACAGAGAGGCUCCCCGCUCCGCAGUCCCCGUCUACCUGCUCACCCACGGGACCCUCCGGAGUGACCCAGCCGGGCCCAAGGGGAGCCGGAGGCAGGAGGUAGAGGCGGCCAUCAGGAACUUGCUGCUCUGCCUGGAUCCCAGCCUCCCAGCCCCACAGGACCCCCCGGGAGGGCAGCAGCCGGUCCUCUGGGCCCCCACGUGGGUGGAUUAUUCCAGCAAGUACGGCUUCGGCUAUCAGCUGUCGGAUGGGGGCAGCGGUGUCCUGUUUCGGGACGGCACGCACAUGGCCCUGCGCCCCCCGGGGGACCGGGUCUGCUACACGUCCGCGCGGGGGAAGCUGGACACGUUCGCCCCGAGGGACGCGCCCAGCCCGCUGGGCGCCAAGCUGGCCGUCCUCCGGCUCUUGGCCCGAUACAUGCAGCAGCGGCCGCGGGAGGAGGAGGGCUGGCCCGUGUCCACCCCCCCGGCGGCCCCCGGCCACUGCCUGCUGCGCUUCCUCGUGUCGGACCGGGCUUUGCUGCUGCUUUUCAGCGACGGGACACUGCAGGUGAGCUGCCUCGGAGACCAGGCUCACCUGGUCCUGAGCGGCCAGGGCUGGGAGCUGCGGCUCACGGUCCGGGAACGCGGCCAGCGCAGCACCACGCACGCCCUGGGCGCCCUGCGGAGCCCCAGCUGCGCCCUGGCCACCCGGCAGCGCCUUCUCCACGCUCUUCACAUGCUGCAGAGCGUCUAAUGCCGGGGCCCCGGCUCCGUUCAGGCUCUGGUUCCCCAGAGGGGUGUCCCUGGGGACAGCAUGGCGGGGGGGGGGGUGGCGGGGGGCUCGCUUUGUGUCAUGACUGUUCAAC